CACGCUAUCAACAAGAAAUAUCUCUUUACGCCUCUCUCUCUCUCUCUCUCUCUCGUGCUGCCUCUGAUUCAUAUGGGCAGGUCUUUAAGUGGCCUUCCCCACUGUUUCCCAUAUCCCCAAUCCUUCUUAUUCCUCUUUUCGAUUUCAAUGUUCAUUUAAAUCCCCUCUUCAGAUCAUUUCUUAUGCCUCUGAAAUCUUUCCCUUCUUCAACAGCACCACCCACAUGAAUCUUUCUCUGUUCUUCUGAGUUUCUUUUGCUUCUUUCACAGAUUGAAGCUAAUGGGUCCUCUCCCAUGAUUCGUAUGGGCUUCGCUUCUUGUCAGUGGUCGUUUGUUGCGUGAUUUUUCUUUUUCCAUUCUUGGAGUUGUUGAAGAGGAUGGGUAGAGGGCGAGGAAAGGGGAGGAAGUUGAGCGUCACGAAUCAUGAUGAUGCUGGGAGUGGUGAGGAGGAGAAGAUUCCCGCGCAAAAGCGGAGGGGAAGGCCACAGAAGCCAUUGAAGGAUGAGAUUGACGAGGAAGAAGGUGAGAAUAAGAUAGAAGACGACGACGGAGAGAACCUGAAAGGCGGGGACAUCAUCAGCAAUAAGGAGAUGAAAAGCCCUGCUGCAGCAGAGAAUGGGAAAAGGAGGAGGAGAAACUCACAGGCGAAAGAAAAGCUCGACUCGGUCAAAGAGGAAAACGGGGAUGGAACGCGAUCAAGCACCGAUGAAUCAACCAGAUCAAAUGGAUUCCGCCACAAUGGAAGCAGGCGAAAAAGCAAGCCCCGUCGAGCUGCAGAAGCGGGCGUCAACUGCAAGUGAAACCAACUUGAAAAGAAUAUGGUUCUCUCACAGAAGGAGCAGAUAAAAUUUUUCAAGGUAGAAAAAUGAGGCAUAGUGAUCUUCUAGAUUACCAUAUUUUUCUGUUUCUCAAUCUCUCAUCUCUAUAACUAUUUCCAUCACCAUUCCUUUUCUUAUUCCAAAAAAAGGAGAAAAAAAAAUUUGUUGAAUUGAAUUGAGGAUUCACUCUGCUGGUUUUAGUAUUCUUUCUCUCUACUUCCACAUUUUGGAUUUUUUUGACAGUCAUCUCUUUGUUCCAUUACAAUAGAAUCUAACUAAGAAUCAAUAUUUUUUUCCUU